CGAGGGCAUGCCCUUACGCUCUUAAUUAAUAUUUAGAGUAAGGUAAGGUAAGCAGGGCAGGCAGUGGGGAGGUUCAUUCUUGCCCUUACUUCACCACUACCCUCCAUUUAUAUAAGAGGCGCACAUCCUCAUUUAUGCCCCGUUAAACCUUCUUCCCGGACCACAUUUUCCCUUCCAAGCAGACUGCUCUAUCUUCCUCUCUCUUUGACGUUCUUUCAUAUAUCGUCGCCACAUCAACUACGCGUCAACAACUUGGUCUUCGACCUGAGCAGAGUGUGCCCCAGCAGACUAACCACACGACACCAUACUCUCCACACCACCGCAACCAUGGGACUCAUGCUGGAGAGUCGCAACGAUGCUCUGGACGUCAACGGGCCCAUGCUCGGUGACCAGACUCUCACCACCAAUGGCUCUAACUGGCUCUGGGCCGUCUUUUCUAUUUAUGCUCUCUCAUUCCUGAUUGUGAUUGCCAUGUCGAUGCGUCCACGGGGAGGGGAGAGGAUCUUCCACUACAUCUUUGGCAUCACCCUCUUCGCCGGCCUCAUCGCGUACUUCGCCAUGGCCUCGGGCAUCGCGUACAGCGUCAUUCCGCAAGCCAACCAACUCAACCGUGGCCUCAAUCGCCAAAUCUACUGGCCAAAGUACGUCUUCUGGGUCGUCGCCUUCCCUGCUAUUGCUAUGGCCGUGGGCCUAGUCUCGGGCGUUUCCUGGGCCACCAUCUUCUACUACAUCGCCCUCGCCUGGAUCUGGAUCCUUUCCUAUCUGUUCGCAGCCUUCACCACCACCAACUACAAGUGGGGAUUCUUCGUCUUCGGCACCGUUGCCAUGGCCAUUCUCCUUCUCCAUCUCUUCUGGGAUGGUCUUCGUGGAUCCCGCCGCGUCGGCGUCACUCGCGACUACACUGGCAUCGUCGCCUGGACUUCUCUGCUCUGGCUUCUCUACGCUCUCUGCUGGGCUCUCACGGAUGGCGGUAACAGCAUUGGCGUCAUUGGCAGCUUCAUCUGGUUUGGCAUCAUGGACAUCCUCCUUAUCCCCGUUGUCGCUUUCCUCUUCAUUUUCCGCCGUUGGGACUAUAGCCAUCUCAACAUGUACUUCACGCAGUAUGGCCGCGUCCCUCGUGGAGGCGACUAUCCCGAGAAAGGACAUGCUGGUACCGCACCCGCUGGCAGCGUUCCUGCCGGUAAUGGCCCCGCUGGCACCACUGCUCAGGGUCCCGCUACGGGUGUCGGCGCCGGCGCUCCGAUGGCGGGUCCUACCGCCCCGGGCCAUCACGCUGUCUAGGAGAGGGAAAAGGAGAAAACUCGCAGGGAGACAAGGGGUUCGUUGGAUGUUUAUUGAAGGUAAUUCGACUAACAGGUCGCUGGCGUGUCGCUGUUCGACGCAGUUUCAACCGCCCCUCUAAUCCAAUGGAAGGUAAAUCCACGAACCCCCUGACCGUCUGAAUGAAAUGGGUUCUCUGGGGAGGAACUUCAAAACCACGCGUUGUUGGCAUCAAAAUCUUAAUUUUUUACCCUCUCUUGCUUCCAUGGUUAGGUUAGUUUAUAAUUCGUUGUCGUGGACUCUCUGACCCUAGGGAAGUGGCUUUCGUGGCUUUUUUUACGUCCCCGGGUCUGGGAAAGGAGAGAUAAUUAGGUCUAAUAAACGAUUACGAUAUCCUGUCAAGUCAAGUAUAACGUGAAUCCAUGAAAAAUGCAUCGUUGCAUGUGUACUGGCUGUUGAUAUAGACGAG